UUUUUCCCGCGCCGCAUACAGUUGCUCCAACCCAACUUUUCUGUCUCUUUACCAACCCUUCUUUUCUCUUUUCUUUCGCCAGUACGAGCUCUGAAGUCGAGACUACCUCGACCAUCUGCUUGUCACAAUGGCGAUCCAAAAGAAGCACGGUAAAGGUCGUUUGGAUAAGUGGUAUCGCCUUGCGAAGGAAAAGGGAUACAGAGCCAGAUCCGCGUUCAAGCUGGUCCAGCUCAAUAAGAAAUAUGGUUUCCUGCAGAAGAGCAAGGUUCUCAUCGAUCUUUGCGCGGCACCCGGUGGUUGGUGUCAAGUUGCUGCAGAAUGCAUGCCCGCCCAGAGUAUCAUCGUCGGUGUCGAUCUCGCGCCUAUCAAGCCCAUCCCCCGCGUGAUUUCCUUCCAAGCCGAUAUUACCACCGACAAGUGUCGCGCCACGCUCCGACAACACUUGAAGCACUGGAAGGCGGAUACCGUGCUGCACGACGGUGCUCCGAACGUUGGUACGGCGUGGGCGCAGGAUGCCUUCUCGCAGUCCGAGCUGGUGCUGCAAUCCAUGAAGCUGGCCACGGAGUUCCUGGCUGAGGGCGGUACAUUCGUGACCAAGGUCUUCCGGUCGAAGGAUUACAACCCGCUGCUAUGGGUGUUCAAGCAGCUCUUCACCUCGGUCGAGGCCACGAAACCCCCAUCUUCGCGUAACGUGUCGGCCGAAAUCUUCGUCGUCUGCCGCGGUUACAAGGCGCCCAAACACCUCGACCCGAAGUUCCUCGACCCCAAGCACGUCUUCGCUGAACUCGCGGAUCCUACCCCCAACAACGAGGCCAAGGUCUUCAACCCCGAGAAGAAGAAGAGAAAGAGAGAAGGCUACGAAGAGGGCGACUACACCCAGUUCAAGGAAUGCUCCGUCUCGGAAUUCAUCAAUACCACCGAUCCGAUCGCCAUCCUCGGUUCAUAUAACAAGCUCAGUUUCACACAAUCGCCGGGCGGGGACCUCGCACUUGCCACCUUGGAUCGACUGGAGGAGACCACGGACGAGAUCCGCACCUGCUGUGCCGAUUUGAAGGUGCUGGGUAAGAAGGAAUUCCGCAAUCUGCUCAAGUGGCGUCUUAAGGUCCGUGAGAAGUUCGGUCUGGUCACGAAGAAGGGCCAGCAGCAGAAGGACGAGGAAGCCGAGGAAGUGGCGGAGAUUGCCCCCAUGGAUGAUGAAUUGGCCAUCCAGGAAGAGCUGCUCCGCCUCCGUGAGAAGGAGACCGCCAAGAUGAAGAAGGAACGCCGCAAGGAGAACGAAAAGAAGCGCAAGGAAAUUGUCCGUCUGCAGAUGCACAUGACGACGCCCAUGGAUAUCGGUAUGGAACAGGUGGGCCCGAGCGGUGAGGAUGCCACCUUCUCCAUCAAGCCUAUCGACCGGAAUAAUGCUCGUGAUGUCAUUGCAGCUGGCAAGGAGGUUGUGCUCGAGAGUGAAAGUGAGAGCGAAGAGGAGUCCGACGAAGAGAGCGAUGAGGAGGGCGACCGCCUCGAGCGGGAGCUUGAUUCUCUGUAUGAGCAGUACCAGGAACACAAAGAGAACAAGGACACGAAGCUGCGCGCCAAAAAAGCCAGAAAGGGUUACGAGGCUGACGAAUGGGACGGUUUCUCGGAUGAGAACAAGGAAAAUAGCGACGAUGAGGAGGAAGAUGCCAGUGCGGAGGCUGCUGGUGUUCAAGCACCCAAGUCCGGUUCGCUCUCCAACCACGCCGCACUAUUCUUCGACCAGGAUAUGUUCCAAGGUCUCGAGGAUAUUGACGACGUAGAGGACGAGGAGGAGGAAGAAGAAGAAGAAGACGAGGAAGACGAGUCCGAAGAGUCCGAGCAGGACGAAGACGAAGAAGAUGACGAGUCCGAGGAGGAGGACAGUGCUGUCGAGAUCGACAACCGUCGCAAGAAGAAGCAGACGAAGAACUCGAAGAGGGCCGAAGAUUCCGAGGACGAGGAGCCUGUGCAGCUCGACGAGCCACGAAAGGCGAACGGGCAGCUUGACAUCGACAUCAUCACUGCAGAAGCCAUGGCUCUGGCGCAACAGAUGGCCACCGGCGAGAAGAAACAGAGCGACGUGAUCGACGAUGGGUUCAACCGAUACUCCUUCCGGGACGUUGACGGCCUGCCGGAAUGGUUCCUGGACGACGAGGGCAAGCACAGCGCCCCGAACCGACCCAUCACCAAGGCGGCCGCGGCGGCCAUCAAGGAGAAGUGGCGCGCGAUCAACGCCCGCCCCAUCAAAAAGGUGAUGGAGGCCAAGGGCCGCAAGAAGUUCAAGGCCGCGCAGCGGCUGGAGAAGCUGCGCAAGAAGUCGGCGCUGCUGGCGGACGACGAGGCGCUCAGCGAGCGCGAUAAGGCGCAGUCGAUUGCCAAGUUGAUGGCCCGCGCCGCGAAGAAGAAGCCCAAGCAGCAGGUCAAACUGGUGGUGGCCAAGGGCGCCAACCGGGGUAUCUCGGGACGUCCCAAGGGCGUCAAGGGUCGGUACAAGAUUGUGGACUCGCGGAUGAAGAAGGAUAUCCGGGCGCAGAAGCGGGUUGCGAAGAAGAAGCAGAAAUAGAGGCAUGUUGGUUUUUCGGACUUUAGAUCUUCUGUAAAUACCCCUCAAAAUAUCAGAU